AUGAUCCAAGGCCUCGGCCGCCACCGCUGUCCCGGGGCAGACGUGACACCUCCGUCCCGGGGCAGACGUGACACCUCCGUCCCGGGGCAGACCUCACGCACCGACGGCCACACUCACCCGGGAGAGGAUCCAGGACACCGGGGGCAGAGGGCUCCGUGGGACCCCGGGGGGAAGGCUCAGGGGGUCACGGAUCCAUGGAAGCUGGACCGGAGGUGUUGGAGGUGUUGGUACAGCAGCAGCAGACUGGACACGCUGCAAGGCAUUGUGGGAAAGAGGACUGAGCAGACGCGAGGGGUCCGGGAGAGCGGUGUGGUGGCGCCAUCUGCUGACCCUCUAUCGCCCCAUUUUCGAUUCUCCAUGAUGGAUUUGGUCUGGUCGGUCAAUGCGAGUUUUUCCCGUGGAGAAGAGGAGCGGGAGCACCAAGAUUCCUGGCUCAUGGUACAUCUGCCCAAGUAUGCGUCCAGUGAGAGCCCGUAUGUUCUGCGGGCCUUUCAGCUGAAGUUUCUGAUGAUGGCUGCGACUCUGCUUUUAUGUUUUGCUCUUAUGCUGGCACUCUAUAAGUUGGUGGGCAGAGUCGAGGAGUUAACACUGAUCCUGGAACUGAACAGUCACCAGUCGAAGGAGUUUGUGCAGAAAGCGUUGGCUGAAAACCGAAAUCUAGAGUCCAUGCUCGCUCAUCACGCUGAGGUUUUGACCCAGAUGCAGGCGAAGCAGAGGGAGCUGACGAAGGCCGUGUCUGAGCUGGAAGCCAGGACGAGGCUGAACCUCCAAGGACAGUCUGAGAACAACAGGAUAACAGCGAGGACACCAGGGAAGACAGAGGACACCAUCAGUCUGGCACCAGGGAAGACAGAGGACACCAUCACUCUGGCACCAGGGAAGACAGAGGACACCAUCAGUCUGGCACCAGGGAAGACAGAGGACACCAUCACUCUGGCACCAGGGAAGACAGAGGACACCAUCAGUCUGGCACCAGGGAAGACAGAGGACACCAUCAGUCUGGCACCAGGGAAGACAGAGGACACCAUCAGUCUGGCACCAGGGAAGACAGAGGACACCAUCAGUCUGGCACCAGGGAAGACAGAGAGGACACCAUCAGUCUGGCACCAGGGAAGACAGAGAGGACACCAUCAGUCUGGCACCAGGGAAGACAGAGGACACCAUCAGUCUGGCACCAGGGAAGACAGAGAGGACACCAUCAGUCUGGCACCAGGGAAGACAGAGGACACCAUCAGUCUGGCACCAGGGAAGACAGAGGACACCAUCACUCUGGCACCAGGGAAGACAGAGGACACCAUCACUCUGGCACCAGGGAAGACAGAGAGGACACCAUCACUCUGGCACCAGGGAAGACAGAGGACACCAUCACUCUGGCACCAGGGAAGACAGAGGACACCAUCAUCUGGCACCAGGGAAGACAGAGGACACCAUCAGUCUGGCACCAGGGAAGACAGAGGACACCAUCACUCUGGCACCAGGGAAGACAGAGGACACCAUCAGUCUGGCACCAGGGAAGACAGAGGACACCAUCAGUCUGGCACCAGGGAAGACAGAGGACACCAUCAGUCUGGCACCAGGGAAGACAGAGGACACCAUCAGUCUGGCACCAGGGAAGACAGAGGACACCAUCAGUCUGGCACCAGGGAAGACAGAGGACACCAUCACUCUGGCACCAGGGAAGACAGAGGACACCAUCACUCUGGCACCAGGGAAGACAGAGAGGACACCAUCACUCUGGCACCAGGGAAGACAGAGGACACCAUCACUCUGGCACCAGGGAAGACAGAGGACACCAUCAGUCUGGCACCAGGGAAGACAGAGGACACCAUCAGUCUGGCACCAGGGAAGACAGAGGACACCAUCAGUCUGGCACCAGGGAAGACAGAGGACACCAUCACUCUGGCACCAGGGAAGACAGAGGACACCAUCACUCUGGCACCAGGGAAGACAGAGGACACCAUCAGUCUGGCACCAGGGAAGACAGAGGACACCAUCAGUCUGGCACCAGGGAAGACAGAGGACACCAUCAGUCUGGCACCAGGGAAGACAGAGGACACCAUCAGUCUGGCACCAGGGAAGACAGAGGACACCAUCAGUCUGGCACCAGGGAAGACAGAGAGGACACCAUCAGUCUGGCACCAGGGAAGACAGAGAGGACACCAUCAGUCUGGCACCAGGGAAGACAUCUCCAUCUACUAUCUGUAG